AUGGGAGUGUUUGUUACCGUGGAAGUGCUAUUGAGUUUUGUGGUUCUACCAUUGGUUGUUACUUUAGCAACCUUAGUUUCCUGUGGGAAUUCACGACCGAAACAUCAAGUGAACGUAGCAAGCAAUUCAUUGAGAGGACCUGUGAAAAUAAGAAAUAAUAAGUCGGGAAGCCAAAAAGAAAUGAAACGAUCAUCAGAAACACAAAAAACACGUAGUACAGAAUCACAAUCAGCUAAAUCGUUCAGCAAAUCACGCAAACAGCGAAGCAUUCCUUUAAAAAAAUCAUCGGACGCAAGCAAGAAGUCAAAUGAUCAUCGUGAUCUGAAAAUGGAACCCGUGGAGCUACAUUGGAAUACAACCGGCGGUAUUCGACAGGUUUUCAUCUCAAAUCCCACUCCAAUACGUCGUGCAAUUAAGGUAAAAUGUUCGGAUAACAGCAUGUACCGUGUAAAUCCGGUUUACUCGUUCAUUGAUCCCGGACAAAUAUUGGUUAUCGAUAUUUUGCGUCAAAAUGGUGGUGCUAAAGUGGAUAAAAUGGUUUUCGUCGCUGCUACGGCAAAGAAAGAAGAUAUAAAUCCACGAACAGUAUUCCAGGAUAAUUCACCAAAACCUAUGAUGAGAUACAAAGAUGUUACAGGAAUUCACUCACCUGAGCAUUUAUCCGGUUCACAGCACAAAAGCUCACAAUUAACGGGAUCUCGAUGUGGAUCCGGUCUCAGUAGUUCACCACGUGACCUUUCGCCUCCAUUACUUCAGGAAUUAGCAUGUAUGAAUCUUCGUGAGAUGGCCUCUCGACCAGAUAUUGGUCGUGCUGGACGUCAAAUAGCAGUUCGUUCGAAUUUCUUUGAGGUCGGAAUUGUUAACAAUAAUAUGAUGGUUACUCAAUAUUAUGUAGAAGUUCAUCAUCCAGGAUCCAGAAAACUUGAUAGGGAAGAGAAUCGUGCGAUAUUUUGGAAAGUGAUAAUUGAUCAUCGUCAAUAUUUCCCAAAUAAAUUUGCCGUUGCAUACGACGGAGCACAUCAAUUGUACACUCCAACACGUAUUGAAUUCCCGGAAGGACGUCCGUCUAUUCGACUUGAAUGUGAUGUAUCGUUAGCGAAAGAUUCACGGGAGCGUACUCGUUGCGCGGUCUCAUUCCAGUGCGUGGGUCCCGUACUUAUUGAAAUGCGACGUACAAGAACAAAUAAUUUAGAUGAAAGAAUUUUAACUCCAAUUCAAAUUAUUGAUAUUGUAUUUCGUCAAUCACUUACUUGUCCAUAUAUCGAGUACGGUUGA